CGGAAGCGGCGGCGGCGGGGACGGGGACGGGCCGGGCCGGGCUGGGACGGGCGGAGCGUCCUGAGGAUCUCGAAGCUCCCGCCGCCCCCGCAAACCCAAGUCCCGCCGCCCGCAGCCACCGGGGCCCCCGCCGCCACCGGGCCAGGCACCGGCGCACCGGCACCAUGUCGGUGGCGGGGCUGAAGAAGCAGUUCUACAAAGCGACCCAGCUGGUCAGCGAGAAGGUCGGAGGGGCCGAAGGGACCAAGUUAGAYGAUGACUUCAAGGAGAUGGAAAAGAAAGUGGACCUGACCAGCAAAGCUGUCACAGAAGUUCUGACCAGAACCAUCGAGUACCUCCAGCCCAACCCAGCUUCCAGAGCCAAGCUGACCAUGCUCAACACCAUGUCCAAGAUCCGUGGGCAGGUGAAGAACCCCGGUUACCCCCAGUCCGAGGGGCUGCUGGGGGAGAGCAUGAUCCGCUAUGGGAAGGAGCUGGGAGAGGAUUCCAACUUUGGGGACGCGCUCCUCGACGCCGGCGAAUCCAUGAAACGCUUGGCCGAGGUGAAGGACUCGCUGGACAUCGAAGUCAAACAAAACUUUAUUGACCCCCUGCAGAACCUGUGUGACAAAGACCUGAAGGAGAUCCAGCACCAUCUCAAGAAGUUGGAAGGGCGACGCCUGGACUUUGACUACAAGAAGAAGCGGCAGGGCAAGAUCCCCGAUGAGGAGCUGCGGCAGGCCAUGGAGAAAUUCGAGGAAUCCAAGGAAGUGGCAGAAACCUCCAUGCACAACCUGCUGGAGACGGAUAUCGAGCAGGUGAGCCAGCUGUCUGCCCUGGUGGAUGCCCAGCUGGAUUACCACCGGCAGGCCGUGCAGAUCCUGGACGAGCUCGCCGAGAAACUCAAACGCAGGAUGAGGGAGGCGUCCUCACGUCCCAAGCGGGAAUACAAACCCAAACCCCGGGAGACGUACGACUUCGGGGACACGGACCAGUCCAACGGGGGCUUCUCCUGCAACCCCACCCCCAAAGUCUCAGCUUCCGCCUCUUUCCGGUCGGACAAGCCGUCCCGRUCCUCCGUCAGGAGCAUCCCCCCCCUGGACCAGCCCUGCUGCAAAGCCCUGUACGACUUCGAGCCCGAGAACGACGGCGAGCUGGGCUUCAAGGAGGGCGACAUCAUCACCCUGACCAACCAGAUCGACGAGAACUGGUACGAGGGGAUGAUCCACGGCCAGUCCGGCUUCUUCCCGCUCAACUACGUGGAAGUGCUGGUCCCGCUACCUCAGUGAAACGGCCCCGAGCGUCCCCGGCUCCAUUCCCGCCCUCCCCGCGUCACCUCGGGGCCAGGCGCCACCAGGGAACAAACCAGAAGGGUCCCCCCCACGGCCCUUUCCCCUCCGUGAAAUUGGUUAUUUUCCUUUUGGGGUUUUUAUUUUUUUUUCCGGUUUUUUGGGUUUUUUUUUUGUCCUUCUGGUGCUUGAACUUCGGUACUUCGCGCCCUCCCAGCCCCGUCCCCUCCUCUCUUCCCGCAUUUCCUUUGGGUCCAGCAACCGAUGAGCCAGGUGGGACAGCUGGGACAUGUCCUGGGACACAUCCGAGAGGUCACAACCCCACCCCAGUGACCGCCACCCCCCCGUCCUCAGGUAUCCCCAGCGGGCAGGGAAACUGAGGCACAGCAACACUAAAACCCCCACGGAACACUAAGGCAGCCCUGCGGGGCGGGUGCUGAGCUCUGCCCGGGGCUCGGGGCUGUCCCUGGGGCUCAGAGCCACCCAUGCCCACCCUGGAGGGACAGCAGGGAUGUCCCCUGUCCCCCUCCCCACAGAGCUCAACCCCAAAGGGCAGAGUCUGCUCCUCCUGCCCGCGGUUUUAUUUUAUUUUUUUUUUCCGGACCUUUUCCUGCUACAAACCCCCCAAAAUCGGAGGAUCAGGUGGAGGGAAGAGCCGGGUCACAGCCYGGGCUGUCCCUGCGGUGGCACAGAGCUGGUGGCACCUGGAGGAGCUCACCCUGCCCGCCCUGGCUGCGGAGGGGAAGGGACAGCUCAUCUCGGUGUCACCUGUGUCACCCUGCACCCUCGGUUGUCCCCGUGGUGGCCGCGGGGUGGCUUUGGGGCCGCAGAGCAGCGCUCGCCCCCAGCCCGCAUUUCCCGUUCCCCGCUCAGCCCGGGCCGUUCCCGUUCUCCCGUUCCCCGUUAGGGUUUCCUCCGUGCAUGUCCGGUCCGUGUGACCCCCGAGCAGCGACCCCGGCCCGGGGGGAUCCAGGGCAACCCCCCCGAGCAGCGACCCCGGCCCG